AUGUUGGAGAGGGCUCAUGCUAUUUCAUAUCAGAGGACCUCAUUUGAACAGUAUGCCCAGCAGAGUAAGGAGUCGUUGGGGAAAAGGAACUGGAGUGAUCAAAACAAGAACAGACGCAAUUGGCAGAAUAAAAGGCCAAAUACAGGAAUUCGCAUUGGUGGGACGAGUGGAAGUAUUACCCCCUGUCCUAAGUGUAAUAAACUCCACAUGGGUGAAUGCUGGUUCGGGAAGAAUGUGUGCUUUAGGUGUGGUAAGCCCGGACACAUCGUUCUCAACUGUCCAGAGCCUCCAAAGAAGAAGGAUGAUGAUCAAGACCAAAACAAGAAAGGAAAGGCCCGAGUUUUCGCACUGAAUCAGCAUGAGGCAGAGCAGGAUCCGAAUGUGAUAGCAGGUAUUCUGUUAUUAUCCAAUGUGCCCGCUUACGUACUUUUUGAUUCUGGGGCAACCAAUUCUUUUAUAUCUGCAUCCUUCGUCACUAGGUCCAACUUUGCAUCUGUGAGAACAAAUAAUGAAUUAGAGGUUAGCAUUCCGUCAGGAAAAACUCUUUGCACAAACCAGAUGACUAAGUCUAUGAAGUUAGAGAUUGAUGGGAAAAUAUUGGAGGCAGACUUAUACCUCUUGGAAAUGAAAGACUUCGAUGUUAUCUUAGGCAUGGAUUGGUUAGGACUUAAUCAUGCUACCAUUCGAUGUCACGAAAAAGAAGUGCUAUUUCAUAGACCAGGAGAGGAAGAGUUUCGUUUCUUUGGAGCAAAGUUCAAGUCCCUACCUCGUCUUAUAUCAGCUAUACAAGCGGAGAAGAUGUUAAGAAAGGAGUCAUGCCAGGGAUUCUUGGUUAACAUUAUCGGUUCUCAACAUACAGAAACGAAUGUUAACGAUAUUAAUAUCGUGCAAGACUUUGCAGAUGUGCUCCCAGAAGAUUUGCUUGGCAUUCCACCAGGUAGGCAAGUGGAAUUUACAAUUGAUUUAAUUCCUGGAGCAGCGCCAGUAUCUAAGGCCCCGUACAGAAUGGCACCAAAAGAACUUCAAGAAUUGAAGUUGCAAUUGGAGGAAUUGCUGGAGAAAGGUUUCGUUCGACCGAGUGUAUCUCCUUGGGGAGCUCCUGUACUUUUUGUCAAGAAGAAAGAUGGGAGUAUGACGAUUGCAUUGACUACCGGGAAUUGA